AUGACUGCCACACACACCAUGAUCAGCAACAAGGACCGGAAUUACCAAGAUAUCCUCCAACUCAAUAAUAUCAGUCUUCGAUUGACUAAUGGCACUGGCCCUCAUGAGGGUCGAGUUGAAAUCUCCUACCUUGACCGGUGGAACGGACUAUGUGGGAAGAAAGCGGAUCGAACCAGAAGCGACCUUCUUUGUCGAAGUGUGGGCUAUGAUCGGGUGUUUGCGGUGUUGCAGCAUGGGGCAUUUGGGGAACCUCCAAACCUAUACUUCGACCGCAUCUUCUGUCAAUCUGAUGAUAUCUUUGAGGCAUGUCGUCUUAACCUCUAUAAGCUCAAUUACUGCGCAGGUGGUUUUGGCGGUACUUCAAUCUCAUGUGACAGUCACUUCGUCCUCAUGGGCGAUUUUAACAUUCAUAUGGAUGCUCCAGAUAAUCCAGAGACAGUGAACUUCUUAAAUGGACUCAAUGACAGCAGCUUCACGCAACACACCAGCCAGCCAACACAUAUGGCAGGACAUGUCAUCGACCUCAUCAUCACAAGAUCCCAGUGUGAAACGGCCAAUCAGGAUGUAGAUAUUAAUCUAACCGGCGGUGGUGGGGAUUACGAAGGUCGUGUUGAAGUAUUCUUCGAUCGAACUUGGGGAAAGAUAUGCGGCAAUAGCCAGUGGACCUUCAAUUCUGCUGACGUCGUGUGCAGACACAAUGGCUAUGACCAUGCUUUCAUCAUCUACUAUGACGGCACUUUCAGUAAAGACAACAUGACGACGGUGCAGUUUGAUGAAGUUGACUGCGAAGGUUCAGAAACAAACCUGACAUCAUGCACAGCUUAUAGAUACAAUGUAGGGUUUUGUAGAGACACCCCUCGAGAAGCAGCUGGCCUGACCUGCACUUCGGAAUCAGCGUCAGAAGUCGACAUCAGGCUGGCCGGAGGUCAAGGUACCCAUGAAGGUCAAAUGGAGUUCCUCGUGGAUCGUGUCUGGCGAAAACUCUGCGGUAAGGAAACUACUUUUCAGGAGGCUGACGUCUUCUGCCAAUCACUUGGGUAUGAACGGUCAUUCGCUCUUGUCCAGGACGGCAGUGCUUUUUCCAGCAGUGACGACAGAGACCCAUUCUUUGACUAUUUGGAUUGUACUGGGUCAGAAGACAAAGUUACUAGCUGUAGAAUGUUGCGUUCUAAAGAAGGGACGUGUAGUUCUCUGUAUGGUGCAGCAGCAAUAUCUUGUGAGACAGAUGAUCCAGUCAACAUUCGCCUCGUUGGUGAUCAGGAAUCUUACGAAGGUCGCGUUGAAAUCUUUUACGAUGGAUCCUGGGGUUCGAUCUGUGCUUCGAAACCUUGGAACAUUUCCACGUCUGCUCUUGUUUGUAGCUUGCUCGGAUACCAUGAUAAAAAUUACGUCACCUUCUUCGACGACGAUCGCUAUGGCGACCUGACCGAUCCUGUCCGUUUCGACGAAUUAGACUGUAAAGGUGUCAAAACCGCCAGUUCGAUCAAGUCAUGUCAGCUUCGUAAGUUCAGUGCUGGUUAUUGUAGAAGUGGUUACGCCAGUGUUCAAUGUGACCGAGCUUCGACCAAAUCCGUGCCAACAUCCAUCCAGACCACCCAGGCUGCAUGGGCUGUGGCUACAUCCCUUCGACAACAGGCGCAGACAUACCCAACUACGACACCAUUUAUUGACGCGUUUGAAGACAGUUCACCUGACUUUGAUGGCACCGAUCGACAAUCCACUACUCUGACUACUAUGAUAGAUGACGUGAUCAAUUCUACUUCUAAUAAUCGAUCUUUUAAUCGGAAUAUGAGUGAAAUAUGUAUUUUGCCGAGUCCUAACCAGAAUAUGUUACUUUACAUUGGGUAUGCAGUAACCAUCGCCUGUAUCUCGCUUACCUUACUGAUAUACGUGAUCAUUCGGUUUGCCAGCCGCAGUAGUGGUUAUGACAUCGAUAGGUGCUAA